GCCAACAUUCAGAAAGGUAUUUCUCUCUCUCUCUCUCUGAGCAGGCAAGAUGAACGACCUGAUGACAAAGUCCUUUACCAACUAUGUGGACCUAAAGAAAGAGGCCAUGAAAGAUCUGGAAGCCGGCCCCGACUACGCCCAGAACGUGGAGAUGACGAGCGCAACCCAGAAUCAGAUGGCCCUAUUUCUGAGAGAGGCAGAGAAGGUGAAGGGAGAGAUGGGUUCCAUUCGAGAUAUAUUAGGUAGAUUGCAGGAAGCAAACGAGGAGAGUAAGUCACUGCACAAGCCGGAAGCGCUGAAAGCCCUACGCAGUAGGAUUAAUGGUGACGUCGUAGCCGUGCUCAGGAAGGCCAAAAGCAUCAAAUCCCAACUUGAGGAUAUGGACCGAGCCAAUGCCGCCAACCGGAGGCUCUCGGGUUACGGAGAAGGGACCCCAAUUGACCGGACGCGUACAUCCGUCACCAAUGGCCUGCGGAAGAAGCUCAAAGAACUUAUGAUGGAAUUUCAGGAGCUGAGACAAAGGAUGAUGACGGAGUACAAGGAGACGGUGGGACGUCGCUACUUCACGGUGACAGGAGAGUACCCGGAGGAGGGGGUGAUUGAGAAGAUCAUAUGGAAUGGUGAGGGAGGGGGACUGGGAGGAGAGGACUUGUUGCAGCAGGCGGUACAGGACCAUGGAAGGGGGAAAGUGAUUGAAACAGUAGUGGAGAUACAGGACAGGCACGAUGCAGCCAAGGAGAUCGAGAGGAGCCUGCUUGAGUUGCACCAGGUGUUCUUGGACAUGGCGGUGAUGGUGGAAGCUCAAGGGGAGCAGAUGGACGACAUCGAACACCAUGUCAUGAACGCUGCUCACUACGUAAAGGACGGUACCCACAACCUCAGGACGGCCAAGGACUACCAGAGGAGCAGCAGGAAGUGGAUGUGUCUAGGCAUAAUCCUUCUACUCAUCCUAAUUCUUGUCGUCGUCAUCCCAGUAGCCACCAGUUUUAGUAAUUCGUAGAAUCCAAUUUUUUUUUCUACUCUAUUCUUUCUUUUUUGUUUCUCCCCUCCAAUUCUCUCCUUUCUUCGCUCUAUUUCUGAGGCUUGAGGGAGUUGUGCUCAAGCUCCUCUGAGAAUUUGG